AACCCAUAAUAAUGCGGCUAGUGAUCUAUGAAUCAAUGAUGGCUGCAUAACAUAUUAAAGCCCCAAAAGCCUAAUACAAAAAUUUAUACAUUCAGUGGCGCUAAUUUUAAAAUUUUAUAAAUCACCCGCCAAAACUACUAGAUCCAAGGAAACUUGUUUCUCCUCCAUGCCCAGUACAAAAUCUCGCGUUUCCUCUUCUUCCAAACACCCAAAAUAGGUGCUUACGCUUCAUUUUCUCUAAAACCUAUUUUUACUGUUUUCUCAACUUUUUCAGGCUUCUCUUUUUACACUGUUCUCAAAGCAUUAUCGCAAAUUUGUUUUUAUCUAUACUUUUUAAAUUAUCCAAAGCGUUCGAUGAAAUGUCUCGAUAAAUAUUGAAUUUUGAAGGUAAAAUAGAGUUGAAGGGGCAGUGAAAGUUUUAUCCUUAAGAAGAUGCACGGGAGAAAGGCGUACGAACUGGUGAAAGAGCUUGCCAGUGGUGAAAAAGGGCAUCCCAAGAUUUUCAACACUGAGCUGUUUGAACGAGUAAUUGAAGAAUGCAAUGAACAUCAUAAUGCACUUCAGUCAUUGAUAAGGAUAAUGCAAGAUGAGGGACUGGAAGUCCAAACAGCAAGAAAUGCAGACCGCUAUGGAGCACUCAUCCACCACCUUUCUUUAAUUCGCAACAAGCGUUGCCUAAUGGCAUAUGUGUAUAACCGAGCAGAAAUUAUAAGAGAUUUGGCAUGGAAGGUAGGGUUGCUUCAUGAACUCCCAAGUGGAAUUCAGGAGAAGUUUAGUGACUCAGAGGAACAGUAUUUCAUAGAUCAUUCAAAAUCUUUGAAAUUAUACAUGUCACAACUGAGCCUUGACGUGAAUGUGGAUAUAGUACCUCCAAAAGAUCCCUACAUCAAGGUAAGAGUUCUUGAAGAUUUGGGUAGUGGAAUAAUUCUUAGUGAUAAAUCAGCCAAUUUUGCUCUCCACUCGAUGCAUUUUCUCAAACGAACUGACGCUGAGCAAUACAUUGCACGGGGCUUAAUGGAGGAGCUGACAAGCUGAACCUGAGAGAGGUCUUUCUGUGAUGCCUUCUCCCUCUUCUCUAGGAUAAAGAUGUUUCAUACUAACAUGUAUUCAGCAGCCAUUGCAG